CCUGCAGAGCCCGCCGCCCGCCGCCCGCGUCCCGGCUCCCUGCGUUGUGCGGUGCAUAUCCAGCAGAUUCUUAAGUCCCUUCAAAAAGCGUUUUCCUCCGCGCGUGUUGCUUGCGUCUUCCUGGUUGGGAGUUUGCGGUAGGCAGAGGGAGGGAGAAGAACCGCCCGUUGCGAUCGGAAAACACCAGGAGACCAGACCAUCUCUUUCUGCAGCGUGGAGAAAAGACGCCUUCGCAGGACCCACAACUACCUGCACCUCCCUCUUGCUCUCGGUGCGCCUUCCAACCUGUGCCUGACGUCCACCCAAGCGGGCAGGCAUGGGCUGUCUGGGCAACAGCAAGACCGCAGAAGACCAGGGCGUCGAUGAAAAGGAACGACGUGAGGCCAACAAAAAGAUCGAGAAGCAGUUGCAGAAAGAGCGUUUGGCCUACAAAGCGACCCACCGCCUGCUGCUGCUGGGGGCUGGAGAGUCUGGGAAAAGCACUAUCGUCAAACAGAUGAGGAUCCUGCACGUGAACGGAUUUAAUCCCGAGGAGAAGAAACAGAAAAUUCUGGACAUCAGGAAAAAUGUCAAAGAUGCUAUUGUGACGAUCGUCUCAGCAAUGAGUACUAUAAUACCUCCAGUCCCACUGGCCAACCCCGAAAACCAGUUUCGAUCAGAUUAUAUCAAGAGCAUAGCGCCUAUCACUGACUUUGAAUAUUCUCAGGAGUUCUUCGACCACGUGAAGAAGCUCUGGGACGACGAGGGCGUCAAGGCCUGCUUCGAGAGGUCCAACGAGUACCAGCUCAUCGACUGCGCACAGUACUUCUUGGAGAGAAUCGACAGUGUCAGCCUGGUGGACUACACUCCCACUGACCAGGACCUCCUCAGGUGCAGGGUGCUGACAUCGGGAAUUUUCGAGACACGAUUCCAAGUGGACAAAGUGAAUUUUCAACAGGCUUCCCUUUCCUCUGUUCCCCAUGUAGACGUCACGGCCAUCAUCUACGUGGCGGCCUGCAGCAGUUACAACAUGGUGAUCCGGGAGGACAACAACACCAACCGGCUCCGAGAGUCCCUGGACCUGUUUGAAAGCAUCUGGAACAACAGGUGGCUGCGGACCAUCUCCAUCAUCCUGUUCCUGAACAAACAGGACAUGCUGGCGGAAAAAGUCCUAGCGGGGAAAUCGAAGAUCGAAGACUAUUUCCCAGAGUACGCCAACUACACCGUCCCCGAAGACGCGACACCAGAUGCAGGAGAAGACCCUAAAGUCACAAGAGCCAAGUUCUUUAUCCGGGACUUGUUUUUGAGGAUCAGCACAGCCACUGGGGAUGGCAAGCACUACUGCUACCCGCACUUCACCUGCGCCGUGGACACAGAGAACAUCCGCAGGGUCUUCAACGACUGCCGUGACAUCAUCCAGAGGAUGCACCUCAAGCAGUACGAACUCUUGUGAGGCCCACUGUCCCUGUCCCUCCGCUGCCCCCAUCCCUCUUGCCACCCCAACGAGUGGCCAGACUGCGUGUUCAUCCAUCCAAGACCUGGUAGGGUGUAGUGAGUGUCUAGUCCCCUCUGGCUGCUGUCUGUCCUGCCCUGGGUGUGCCCCACCAAGCCUCUGGCUACCUCCACCCCCCAGGUUUAGUUCUGUUGCUUGGUUUUCACUGAACACAACCUCCACCCCCAGAUUUGCAUUGCUGCAGAACCUCCCACUCACCCAUUGAUGCUGCAGGGAGCCCUCUCUGGGUGGGGACCCCUGUCACACACUUGUGGACUGACUCACCAAGACCCUGUAGGUAGAUGGAGAAAGUGCUUUUUUUCCUUCUUCAAGUUAUUCAGCAUGAUUGCAAAGGCAUAUGCAAAGUGCCCUGAGCCAGGGGCCUCUGAUUUUCCUUGAGGAAGGCCAGCAGGUGGCUGGCCCAAGGCAUGGAGGAGACCCUGAGCAACCAAGCAGAGAUUUUUUUUUUUUCUUUUUUGGCAGUACUAGGAAUUGAUUGAUUCCAGGGGUGCUCUACCAUUGAGCUACACCCCCAGCUCUCUUUAUUUAUUUAUUUAUUUAUUAAUUCUGAGACAGGGUCUCACUAAGUUGCUGAGGCUGGCCUUGAACUUUCGAUCCUCUGGCCUCGACCUCCAUCACACCCAGCUGAGAAGCCCUUUUUCAGUCUCCUUUGCCCUUGCUGCCAGCCUCAGGCACUUGAAUUAGAGCUCCUCUGAGCCUUUGGAAUUUAGGCAGAACACCUGCCACAUUCACUAUUAGAAAACCUGUCCUGUCUGGAAAAAAGAUCCCUUAUGCUUUCACUAUAUUUGGGUGGAGUCUUCUUUCAUAUAUUCCUUUCACUGUUGGUUUAUUGCUGGUUUAUUACACUGUACAGACCACAAAAUGUAAUAUUCUUUUGUAUCACUACUAAAGAAAACUCCUUGUAGAUUUUUGUGCCUUGGAUGAUGGUUCUCCCUGUAAAGGACCUGUGUUUCAGUAGUGCUGAUCAGCCUAUGUCAUCCUGACCUGCCGCUUCCCCCAUAAGAGGGAACGAAUGGUAUCUGUAGCUUUGGCGACAUUCUCAUCAGCCUGGGACUUUGUAAGAUAUCCUUGGUUCCAAGAAAUUGUGAAUUAUAUGUCAUCCUCAACUACAACGUUGUCCCAACACUGCCUCAGCCACCUGCCUGUGCUUCUCUGGGUCUCAGUUGCAAAAUCCUGAACUCCCUUUCGGGGUACAGAUCACAACAUCAUCUUUCCAAGAGCUAGGGAUUUAUUUUUCCUUCCCAGUCAAUGUUUUUUGAUUACUUUGCUAGUUAAAGACUCCUUCAAGUUCCCCAGGUAGGAACAGGACCGCCAUCCCCAUAGCCAAAGCUUUGGGCAUAGACUCCACCAGGCGAGUAAACAGAUAACGAGAGAAAAGCAAAGUGGAAUCUGUGUUUGCAUCCGGAUGAGGAGAAAAAGGGUUGCAUCUUCAUUUGUCUUGUGAAGAUGAAACAUUAUAAAAUCUUUUUUUAAAAAAAUCAUUUUUAUUUGCAAUGCUGGGGAUAGAAGCCGGGACCUUGUCCUGCCAGGCAGGUGCUCUCCCACUAAGCUACACCCCACCCCACAGAACCUUUAUUUGAAAUAUGAAGGCAGAACGUAUGGCUGUUGUGCAAGAUUCUCAAAUGCAGCCUCAAGAGCUACAUCCUGGCACGACCCCUAAGAAGGCUCAAUCGCCGCGGGAAUGGUGCUUCAGUUCCAUCCACAGCCACAGGUUUGGUUUUCUCGGUCGUCCUACAACAAUCUGUAAAGAUGUCCAGAACUGAACUUUCAACAGUACAGGUCCAGAGAAGGGACAGCCUAUGUCAGUUCAUUAUCUUUCUUUUAGUCUUUAAUAUAUUCAAGUACACUCUGUGGAUCAGCAUUCUAUGAUCAUGUAGGAAUUCAACUAGAUUUAGAUGUCACUUCCCAUGGACCAUGACAGCUUCCCAAAUAGGCUAUCUAUCUCAUCAUCCCCAUCUUCGCGCUCCUCUGAUUCCCGACGGUGGCCUAAGACGCAGUGGAACUGAAAUGCAGAUGGUCUCAGGUCCCCUUCUGCUUUCACAGGGGAGGAAGAAAACUGAAGAGCUACACAUCCACCAAAAACAAGUAAAGCUGUAGAAGGCUGUCCUCUCCUUACAACUCCUUACCACUAGGCAACUCCCCUGACCAAGUAUGACUUAGGAACUGGAGGGGGGGGGGAUGUGUGGCUCAGGGUGCAGUCCCCAGCACCACCCCAAAUAAACAAACAAAUAACAAAAGCUGGAAUUAAAAACAGAGCCAGACUCUUAGGAAACAAAAACAAGGAGACAUGACAUCUGACUUGAAAUUAUCAAAAUAUUCAUUUUUAAUACUAAAAGCCAUAUAUCAGCACUCCAUUCUUUUCAAUUUUUGAUCAUUAACAGGCAUUGAAUUCAGAUGUAAGAACAUGGUCUCCUAGACAGAAAAUCUACUCACCUAAAACUGAUUCUAUUAGUUUCCCAUAGAAGUACAGAAGUCUAUAAGAAUCAACCAUGUGCCCCACACAUCGCAUCUGUAGUUCUAAGUUUAGGGCUUCAUAGGACGUAGGAAUUUGAGAGCCACUUCACAGAAGGACAGAAGCACACUCAAUGUGCAUGUGCCCGUGUCAGCCUGAGCGUGCACCAGGGCGCGGGUGCUUCCUGGGGAGCAGGGUGGUGCAUCAUGCAAGGAGCGGUAUCGGGCACCUCUGUGCUGGGCAGAUGCCACCUCCGAUCGCACCUACGUUCGGUAAGCAGGCUGUUAUAGAGUACGUGUUCCAUUUUUAUCGCAUGAGGACCAUCAGCGGUUUAUUCUACAGUCACUCCUCAGAGGUUCAGCCCUCCCCUGACGAGCGCAGUCCCACAGCCAGCCUGGCUGGCCUGAGCCCCAUGAGUCCUGAAGGAGCCGGGUCUUUGGCUUGGCACUCGCUACGGCGCGCAGCCAGCACCGCUCUUCACCGGGCCAUGUGCAUUCUGAGCAGGGUCCAAACGGAAAGGAAAGGCUUGGCUAGGCACUCCAGGCGGGCGAAGGUGAGGACCACCAGGAGCCCUGCGGCUGCGCAGUACGUGCUCAGAACUGUGCCCUCCAGGGGGAGGAAGCACUUGGAGAGGGCAUGGUCUCUGGGCGUGAAGCUGCCCUGGAAAAGAAAUAGGAAGGUACUCUUUCUGCAGAGGACUAGCACAGCAGCCCAACUUAGCGCCAGGGGAAAGUCUGCCCUGAAGGGGUCUCUUGGUGAGGCUGGGGCAGCCCUCCCACCCGAGACCAAGUGAUCAGGGGCCUCGGCCUGCUCUGCCGCCACCUGCCCACACGGGCACUGGCAAGAGGAGGUGAGGCAGGCGUGCCUGGGGGAGGGGAUGGCGAUGCGGAUGGAUCUCGCCAUUCGCACUCACCCCGGCGCUGGGGGCUCCCACCAAAGAAUGGGGGGCGCCUAACAGAGAUUCAGAGCGCGUCAGAGACCAGGGAGCAAUGGUCAGCGAGGAACAGGCAGAUAAGGGUGUUCUCAUGCCACUCCAUGCCCAUACACGCAUGCCCACACCUGUCCACAGGUUACUCUCUGUUUUUGCGGUGCUAAGGAUGGAAGCCAGGUCCUUGUCAUGCCAGGCCAGCGCUCCGCCCCUGAGUCACAUCCCGGCCCCCACGGGCUUCCCCUGGUCGCCAGUGCACAGUGUGGAAGGACAGUGGAGAAUGUUUUCAUACACUGGGAAUUUGACAAUACGAGGGUCCCCCACCUUUCAUGAAGUAAAGCACCUGCCACAGUAAAGCAUCUGUGAGCCAGGCGCAGGAUCCCAUGACCAAAAGCAGGGUGUGGUCGCUCCAGAUGUCACUGAUGGACCAACACUGUCCAUCAGCCGCAGACGCGGCAGCACUGUCUGCCGGGGCAAACGAGUGCGUUUGCAAAAUUCAAGACAAUCGAGUGUUGGUGACAAGUGACAAGAUCUUGCCUCCUUAGAAAAUGUCACACUCAAGAGUGUGUGGGAGCUCAUAACCCACUUGAAUCAAACUGUGAAAGAUGAUGUAUUAAGAACUGAGUAAUGUUUUGAACGACCAACAAUAAAAAAAAAAAAAAAAAGAGUGUGACAUGGGCAGACACUGCCUUCUGCA